GGGAGGCGAGCGGAGCCCGCCGCCCUCCCACCUCCCGCCCCUUCCCGCCGGCCGGGGACAGCCGCCGCAGCUGACGCGCCGCAAACUUUACUCCCCGCUGCUCCUCAAGCUGCGCCCGGCCUCCGGCGCGGCGGGCGGCGGCACCCGGGGCGGCGGAGGCGGCACCGGUCGACAUCGUAACCCCUCGGCGGGGCGCGGAGGGACCCGUCCCGCCCUCCGUCCGCGGGGGGACGCGGCGCCGUGAGGAGACGGACCCGCAGUGCCGCGCUCCGGCCGGUUCCGCGCUGCUUCCGCGGCGCCCUCAGGCAGCCGCCGCCGUCGCCGCCGCGUCCGGGCGCUCAGCCGCGGGCCACGAUGAGCCAGGCGCAGCCCUACGCCCCGCGGAAGAGCAGCUCCCCGGCGGCCGGCGCCCGGCGGAACGACAGCCAGGACUACCUGCUGCUGGACGCGGAGCCCUGCGAGGAGAGCGCCCUGCCGCCCUACGCCUUCUACCCCGUCCGAGGUAACGAGAAUAGACUAGCGCUACGACGACAGACCAUUCUCCGGGAGAAGGGGAGGAGGCAGGCCAGUCGAGGGCCAGCGUAUAUGUUUAAUGACCACUCCACAAGUCUUUCUCUUGAGGAGGAGCGCUUUUUGGAUGCAGCAGAAUAUGGAAAUAUUCCAGUUAUUCGCAAAAUGCUGGAAGAAUGUCCCUCACUCAAUGUGAACUGUGUGGACUAUAUGGGGCAGAACGCCUUGCAGCUGGCAGUUGCCAAUGAGCACCUGGAGAUCACAGAACUUCUGCUAAAGAAGGAGAACCUGUCUCGGGUUGGGGAUGCCUUGCUUUUGGCUAUUAGCAAAGGUUACGUUCGGAUAGUGGAAGCCAUCCUAAACCAUCCUGCAUUUGCCGAAGGCAAGAGGCUUGCCUUGAGUCCUAGCCAGUCGGAGCUCCAGCAUGAUGAUUUCUAUGCAUACGAUGAAGAUGGCACACGGUUUUCCCAUGAUGUCACACCAAUCAUUCUGGCCGCUCACUGCCAUGAAUAUGAGAUUGUCCACACUCUGCUGAGAAAAGGAGCUCGGAUCGAUAGGCCACAUGACUAUUUCUGCAAGUGCAGUGAAUGCAAUCAGAAACAAAAGCAUGACUCUUUCAGCCAUUCUAGGUCUAGAAUCAAUGCCUACAAAGGUCUGGCCAGCCCUGCUUAUCUGUCUUUGUCCAGUGAAGACCCUGUAAUGACUGCCUUAGAGCUCAGCAAUGAGUUGGCUGUGCUUGCCAACAUUGAAAAAGAGUUUAAGAACGAUUACAAGAAAUUGUCUAUGCAAUGCAAGGAUUUUGUAGUGGGACUCCUUGAUUUGUGCAGAAAUACAGAAGAAGUGGAAGCUAUUCUGAAUGGUGAUGUAGAGAUGAGCCAUAAUAAUGGAGAACGUGGUCGCCCCAGCCUUAGCCGCUUAAAACUCGCCAUUAAGUAUGAAGUUAAAAAAUUUGUAGCACAUCCAAACUGCCAGCAGCAACUUCUCUCAAUCUGGUACGAGAAUUUGUCAGGUUUACGGCAGCAGACCAUGGCAGUGAAGUUUCUGGUUGUUCUUGCUGUUGCAGUAGGGCUGCCAUUCCUUUCGAUGGCUUACUGGAUUGCUCCUUGCAGUAAGCUGGGGAGGAUAAUGCGUGGACCAUUUAUGAAGUUUGUAGCCCAUGCAGCCUCUUUCACCAUUUUUCUUGGUCUGCUUGUCAUGAACGCCGCUGACAGAUUUGAUGGCACCAAACUCCGACCUAAUGAAACAACAGGCAACGUGAAACAGCUAUUUAGGAUGAAAACAUCCUGUUUCUCAUGGAUGGAGAUGCUCAUUAUUUCUUGGGUAAUAGGCAUGAUAUGGUCGGAAUGUAAAGAAAUUUGGUCUCAAGGUCCAAAGGAAUACCUUUUUGAGUUAUGGAAUAUGCUUGAUUUUGGUAUGUUGGCAAUUUUUGCAGCAUCUUUCAUAGCAAGGUUUAUGGCAUUUUGGCAUGCGUCCAGAGCCCAGAACUUCGUUGAUGCAAAUAUGAAAGAUCUGACAAGUCCAACACUGGAGCCCAACAUAAAAUACUACACCUUGGCCAGAAUAAACUGGGAUCCAUCUGAUCCUCAGAUCAUAUCUGAAGGCCUGUAUGCAAUUGCGGUAGUAUUAAGUUUCUCCAGAAUAGCCUACAUCUUACCAGCUAAUGAAAGCUUUGGACCACUCCAGAUAUCACUUGGCAGAACGGUGAAAGACAUCUUCAAGUUCAUGGUGAUAUUUAUCAUGGUGUUUGUGGCUUUCAUGAUAGGCAUGUUUAAUCUCUAUUCCUACUAUCUGGGGGCAAAACAAAAUGAAGCAUUCACAACUGUUGAAGAAAGUUUCAAGACGUUGUUCUGGGCUAUAUUUGGACUCUCAGAAGUUAAAUCAGUUGUCAUCAAUUAUAAACAUAAAUUUAUUGAAAAUAUUGGUUAUGUCCUUUAUGGAGUCUAUAAUGUUACCAUGGUCAUUGUCUUACUGAACAUGCUCAUUGCAAUGAUCAACAGUUCAUUCCAGGAAAUUGAGGAUGAUGCUGAUGUAGAGUGGAAAUUUGCAAGGGCUAAACUUUGGUUUUCUUACUUUGAAGAAGGCAGAACUCUUCCAGUACCCUUCAAUUUAGUGCCAAGCCCAAAAUCUUUGCUGUAUCUCCUACUCAGAAUCAAAAAAUGUAUUUCUAAACGAUUUCUGUGCCAAAAGAAAAGCUUUCAGGAAGAUGCAGAGAUGAACAAGCUUGGUCAAAGGAAGCAAUCAAGUAUAAGAAGCUCAGAUGAAAUCCAUUUAAACAGUUUAAACAAUCCUCCAAGGCAAUACCAGAAAAUAAUGAAGCGUCUCAUUAAAAGAUAUGUACUGAAAGCUCAGAUAGAUAAGGAAAGUGAUGAAGUCAAUGAAGGUGAACUGAAGGAAAUUAAACAGGAUAUCUCAAGUCUCCGGUAUGAACUCCUUGAGGAAAAAUCUCAGAAUUCUGAAGAUCUGGCAGAACUCAUAAGGAAACUUGGGGAAAAACUGUCAAUUGACUGUAAAGAAGAAGAAAGCAAGAGAUAACCUAAAUAUUUAAGGAAUGAAAAAGAACGUUAACAAUUCACUUAAAGCCAUAUUUCUGUUUUUCUCAACUCUAGCUCACAUUUGUACAACAGAUUCAGAAAUUAAAUCAUUCCAAUACUUUAUUGAAAAACCAAAAUGGCAAAUCCUCUGUGUCCUCUAUGGUAGAGAGGAAGUACCACUUGAGUAAGAUACUUAUUUAUUCUUUACCUGCUGAAGAAGAGUUAAUUUUAGAUCAUUUUAAUAUUCAAUUUACCUCUUUUAGAAUUCCAGUGGAAUCUUGACAAGCCCAGUCAUGAAAGAUUAAAACCAUAAAUCUAAACUUUUCCUACAUUAACUGGUUAUUUUUGCAAAUUUCCUUUUGUAGACAUUCUUAACAUAUAUUUUAGGGAAGCAAAAGAGGAAAAUUCCAGGCUUUUACAUAUUUAUAUCAAAAGCCGUUUAAUUUUUCAAGCACUCCCAACUAGCAAAAAAAAAAAAAAAAAAAAGAAAAGCUAGUUGCCUUUCUUAAAAAUGUGCAGAAGAGGUAGACAGCACAAUACUCGGAGCACUGUGUUAUACUCUCUGUGUUUUUCUCUUCCCCACUUAUCCCUGUCACUACUGAAUUUUCCUGAAAGAUACUUAGAUUCCAAUGGGAGUUAGUGCAUUAAGAAAGAAGUAUUUUUCACCAAGUUUAUUGAAAAGCUAUUGCUGAGGCCUGAAGAAAACAUAUUUAAUGCAAAAUAAUUAAUCCCUGAAGUUCUGAUCCGUUCCAGAAUUCCCGAGUUCUCCAGCUUUUAUGUCUUGAACUAAAACCUACAAACUGCAGGGCAAGGGUUUGAAUGUAAAGCUGGUGACACCUUUAUUUAAGGUGGAAGACAGUAAAAUGUUAGGUGCAAACCUUCUCUCUGAAUUCUAAGAAUGGCAUGCAUUGGGGACUGUGUUUCCCCACAGCUAAACUUGUUUAAAUUGCUGAAUUUGGUUCAGAUCUAUCCUUAGCAAAUGAAAACACGUUGUUCCAAAAGUUCAUGAAAUCUCAUCUGUGGAUUGGCAUCCCUUGUCCUUUUGCCCACUGGAGAAAGCUCAGCUCCUGUGCUGUAUUCCCUGGGACUCCUUCCAUGAAGAAUCUUCCCUCCGUGUCAGCAGCAGAAGCCUCCAACGCUUCCCAUCCUGCUUUCUGCAGUAUGUCUCCUGUGUCUUCUGUUUAGCUGGACGAGAGGUAGCCCAUGCCGCGGCUGGAUGAUAGUUGUGUGAUGGCCAGCUGGUAGGUACAUUCCCGUCAGCUGGUUUCUGUCUCGCCAGGUAGCUACAGGAGGAAUUCCAUCUGAUUUUUCCCUCACUUAAUAGAGUAAUUUGGGUUUCUCUCUUAUGACAAUCACCAAUUCUGGGGCUGUUAGAAGCAUAUAUUACAGGGGGGAUCUCUGUUCCUCUUUAAGCUGAUUUCAAUGAAUGAAAUUUCAUUCAUUGAAAUUUCAAUUCAACCAAUGAAAUUUCAUUCAUUGAAAUUUCAAUUCAACCAAUGAAAUCAGUGAAAGGGCUGUGAAAAACUGUUAACAGGAACAUCAACACGUGUAACUCACUCGUAAAAGCCUUGUAUGUUUAGGAAACAAGGCUGAAGAUGGCUUGUCAGUAAUUGCUUUUAAAUUAAUUUUGUGAAACUUACUUAUUGUGGAAUGUAUCAGAAUGUUUCCACCUCCCCCAUUUAGGCUGGAGGUUAUUUUUUAAUGGGUUUAGAUUAGUUUCUAUCUGAAUUUACUGAUAGCCCUUUUUAAAAAAAUUGUUGAUGAAAUCACUGUGUAUUUUCAGGGAAAAAAAGAAGGUAUUAGAGCAGAUUUUGAAACCACGUGGAGACAAGUGGAGGCGGUGGGCUUUGUCCUGCCUUGAGAGCGAUGGAAGCUGCUGUGGAGGUGGGCCUGCCCCAAGGGUGUUUGUCAUGGUUUGGGGGAGCAGCUUGGCCUUCUGCUUGGCCCGUUAGUUUAGCCACAAACGGGGCGUGUGAGACAAUCCCUGUCGUGUGGGCCUCGGGCAUAAUGAACUCAGGGUUUAGAACUUUUCAGACUUCUUCCUCUGAGGGAGGAGAAGGAAAGUCAGGUUUUCAAAAGGAGUAGAGCAGUCUGUAUUACAAACCGCAGUGUGCUGGCCUGAAAAACUAUGAGCUACAGAAUAGCCAACUUCGUAACUCGCCUGUGAUCAUGACAAAGCAUUACCUCAUGACCUGCAGUAUUUCCUGCGGCAAUCGGCAGGGGGUACUGCCGGCUCCGAGGUGACCUGCUGGCCGCUCUCUGGCGGAAACCCUCUGGUUUCUGUAUCGGACAUUGUGUGGAAAGCAAAGGCAGUUGGGGUGAUCUCGGGCUAGAAGGCAGCGUGAAGCUAACUUCACUGCCUUUCAGCUCCUCGAUGGUUCCUGCCCAUCUCCCUUGGCCGGGACUGGCUGCUGAUUUUGAGUUUUGAAUUCCCAUGUGAGUGUUUUGUACCUGGUUUUCGGAAGCAGUGAGCACUUACUACAGCUCUGUUAAAUGACCGUGUUAGAGACCAUACAGCUCAAAGCAGAUCUUCCACCUUUGACAAGCUCCUCAGAAAAUCUCGUGGUCAGAACUUGAGGCAACAAGGACAGUCAAAGUUUGCCCUCAGUAAUCAAAAGUCUUUAUUUUUGGUCAUUGUAGUGUACAACUUGGAUCUGCUGUCUAGUGCUAGAUGAUGGUCCGUAAACACAAUGUAAGGAAAUAUGUUAACAGAUUUUAAGAUCCAGGAGCGGAUUUUUAUUACAGAGGUAAAAUGGGCACUGUGAAUUUGUUUAAGCCCAAAUUUUGACUUACCUUAAAACUAUAAGAUCGUAAUGUAUAUAUUGUAU